CAAGAGGUUGUCAGUCUGUUCACUUGCUGUCAUGAUACAACGUAGAUGUCAUUUUUUAUACAUUAAAUAUAGAUAUAGACAACAAAAGUAUCAUUCGGCCUUGUGAGAUUAAAUGCAAUAGAAUUACACAGUGUAACAUCUUAAAAAUCUAAGGAUGCAGGCUAUUUGCCUCCUUUUAAUCGCAUGGUUUUGUGUUUCAGUUUCAGGUGGAAGACAGUCAGGAUUACAAAAUUCCUUAUUACAGCAUGGGGAUGUUGUUUCCAGUAGAUUAGAUGGUCAACAAUUUCCUGAUCAAAAAGGUGGUCAACAGUUUCCUGAUCAAAAUGGCGGUCAAGGUCAACAGUUUCCUGAUCAAAAUGGCGGUCAAGGUGAACAGUUUCCUGAUCAAAAUGGUGGUCAACAGUUUCCUGAUCAAAAUGGCGGUCAAGGUCAAUCGUUUCCUGAUCAAAAUGGAGGACAAGGAUUUCCUGACCAAAACGGAGGACAAGGGUUUUCUGAUCAAAACAGAGGACAAGGGCUUCCUGAUCAAAACGGAGGACAAGGAUUUCCUGAUCAAAACGGAGGACAAGGGCUUCCUGAUCAAAACAGAGGACAAGGGCUUCCUGAUCAAAACGGAGGACAAGGGCUUCCUGAUCAAAAUAGAGGACAAGGGUUUCCUGAUCAAAACGGAGGACAAGGGCUUUCUGAUCAAAACAGAGGACAAGGGCUUCCUGAUCAAAAUGGAGGACAAGGGCUUCCUGAUCAAAAUGGAGGACAAGGGUUUCCUGAUCAAAACGGAGGACAAGGGUUUCCUGAUCAAAACGGAGGACAAGGGUUUCCAGAUCAAAACGGAGGACAAGGGUUUCCUGAUCAAAACGGAGGACAAGGGUUUCCUGAUCAAAACGGAGGGCAAGGGUUUCCUGAUCAAAAUGGAGGACAAGGGUUUCCUGAUCAAAACGGAGGACAAGGGUUUCCCGAUCAAAACGGAAGACAAGAGUUUCCCGAUCAAAACGGAGGACAAGGGUUUCCUGAUCAAAACGGAGGACAAGGGUUUCCUGAUCAAAACGGAGGACAAGGGCUUCCUGGUCAAAACGGAGGACAAGGAUUUCCUGAUCAAAACGGAGGACAAGGGCUUCCUGAUCAAAACAGAGGACAAGGGCUUCCUGAUCAAAACGGAGGACAAGGGUUUCCAGAUCAAAACGGAGGACAAGGGUUUCCAGAUCAAAACGGAGGACAAGGGUUUCCAGAUCAAAAUGGAGGACAGGGGUUUCCUGACCAAAAUGGUGGUCAAGGUGGUGGAGGUGGUGGAGGUGGCCAACAGUUUCCUGACCAAAAUGGUGGUCAAGGUGGGGGAGAUGGUGGAGGUGGUCAACAGUUUCCUGACCAAAAUGGCGGUCAAGGUGGUGGAGGUGGUCAACAGUUUCCAAACAAAAAUGGUGGAAACCAAAAUGGGAAAGUCGAUGAUGAAAAAAGAAACAUUAAAAGAGAUGACGAUUCGGAAUGGUGGGGUAGUGAUUCCUCUGAAGGAAAUUAUAUGUCCGAUUUAGAGGCAUGGAAAGUUAAUAUAAAAAAUCUGUUUGAAAAACACCAUCGGCCGUUUUAUAAUCGAGAUUCGUCAGACGAAAGUGAUAGCAGCGAUUGGCAUAGCGACAUAUAUACCAAAGAGCACACCGAUAAGCUUGGCAAACUUAAAGAUCGAAUGAGAAACAGAGUAUUUUACGAUUCAAGUAGCGAUGAUUCGUAUUGGGAUUCGUUUGAGGACAGAGACAAUACUUAUCCUGACCGGAACCUCAUUAUGGUGAGUAAACCACAUAGAAAAACCAGAAGGGAAUCUUCAAGCGACAGCCGAGAUUGGGAUAACAGCAUGUAUUCUGAAGAAAAUACAAAAACUAAUACUCUUGGUAUACAUAAAGAUAAUAUAAGAAAACGAGUAAAUUACGAUACAAGUAGCGAUGAUUUGUAUUGGGAUUCAUUUGAGGACAGGGACAGAGCUUAUACUCACCGGAAGGUCAUUGUAGUAACAAAACCACAUAGAAAAAAUAGACGACACGAUUCUAGCGAUAGUGAAAGCCUCUCCUGGGAUAGUAAGAUAAAUUCCAAAGAAAGCACAAAUAACAAUAAUCAUGGCAUACAUAAAGGUAAUAUUAGAAACAGAUUAAAUUACGAUACAAGUAGCGAUGACUCGUUUUGGGAUUCAUUUGAGGACAUGGGCAAAGCACGUGCUGACCGGAAGCUGAUUAUGAGAAGAAAACCACACAGAAAGACCAGAAUGCAAUAUUCUAGCGAUAGCAGUCAAUACGAUGAUUUCAAUGAGGGUAACAACUAUGCUGUUGAUAAUCAUAAUAUAAAAUCUACAUUUAAUAAACGGGGAAGGAUUAACGAUAAUCUUGACAGCUGGGACGAUUCUUCUAGUUCAUUUUGGGAAGAUUCAGAGAGUGAUGAAAGAGGAUAUUAUAAACAAGCACGUAGUAAAUCUAAUUUAAUAAAUAGGCGAAAUUCUUACGAUGAUGAUAGCUUUUACAGCGAUAGCUGGGAAGAUAGUAGCGAUCAUCGUCCUAUUAGAAACCGCAACGAACGAAAACAUUUUAAGAACAAUCGUGGAAAGAAUUAUGACUGGGAGAGCGAUUCAUGGGAAAGUGAUAGCUGGGAUUACCGAAGUAAAUUGAGAGACAUUCCGAGAAGAAAAAGUAUUUUUAGGUUGAAAUAAAAACAAAAUGGAUGAUGAGAAUUUUAUACUGUUGUCGAACAAUACUGUACAACGAUUAUUUUAAGAUGGCGCGAUAACCGCAAAAUGAAAAAAUAUCAAAUACAGGAAAACUUGCUUGAAAU